AUGGCGGACGCGGCUCCGGUGGAAGCUAGAGUUGGCGGUGGCGAUGUUCCGGCGAGGUUGCAGCAGGCUCUCGCCCUGCUGUUCCCUACCAACCUCGCCGCGAAGGCCGUGCUGUUCGCCGUCGUCGUGGCGCUGCUGCCGCUUCUGCCGACGAACCAGGCGCCCAGGAUCUGGGAGCUGCCUCACAUCCUCCUGCUCGGCCUCAUCAUCUCCUAUGGCGUCUUCGGCCAGAGGAACGCCGACGCCGAGGUGGCGGCAGUGUCUGCCAAGACCGUCGACGACGAGUCGGUGGAGUCUUACGUCUCCCAGAUGAUGCAAGGGCCGCUGGUCUUUGACCAGGAGAACGACGGCGGUGAAGCCGACGGCGCCGGCAAGGAGGGCAUCCAGGCGUGGAGCUCGAAGUACUUCCCAGAUGACCCGCUCGUCGUCGUUGCCGAUGCCGACACGGGGAGCAACACCGUCAAGGGCGACGUGAACGACAAGCCGCUCCUCCUGCCGGUGAGGAAGCUGAAGCCGGCGACCGAAGAAUCCGCAACAGUAAUGGAGGACUUCAGCGACGGCAUUGAAGAAGAAGAAGAAAGUGGGUUCCUCGUCCCCAAGGCAAGAUACGGCGGCGUGCGUGAGCAUGCCAUCCCUUCGCCGUCCUCAGUCCUCGACGCCGACCUGACCCUCUCCCCGUGCUCUCCGCCUCUGCUUCCGCCGCCCCCACCGCCACCUCCGCCCCCUUCUCUUGGCAGCGGGCGCGGGCUACAGCGGGCCAAAGCAAGAAGCUUCAACGACUACGGCAGGGUGGGCUCGCAGAGCGGCAGCGACGGCGGCCACAAUUUCCGGUCCAGAUCAGCGAUCCAAGCGUCGAGGAGUACAUUCUCUACACUGCCAUUCGACUUCGACGAGCAGGUUUCCGCUGACGAACUGGAGAAGAAGGUUGCAGCGUCAGACAUCAGUUCGUUCAGCAGCGAUGGUAUGGUCACCGACGGCGAAGAUGACAACGACAAGGAGAUAGUCAACUCCGAGGAAGAGGAAGAUGACGUGGACGACGACGACGAAGACGGAGAGCUCUUCGAGUUGGCCACGAGGCCGGCGCCGGAGGAGUUGGAGGCGGUGGAGGACGAGGUGGACAGGAAAGCCGACGAGUUCAUAGCCAAAUUCAGGGAGCAGAUUAGGAUGCAGAGGGUCGUUGAACCGGGCAGGAGAUGAGCAGAACACGGCGGCAUGCACGCGGUGCGCCACGGCCUCAUCGCUCGAUACGUAGCCACACGAGUACGCACUAUCGGAGUUCCUCAUGUGUACAGUGGUUUUUUUAUCUACGUUUUUCUUCUUUCUUUUUAUUUUUGGGGUGUUCUAAACUGGGUCAUGAACAGAUGGUGUCAAUGUGGA